AAAAAGUUCUUUCCUUUUACCUUUGAAUUUGCGGCGAGUUAUUUAGGUCCUUAGCGAAAAAUAAUAAUGUCUCAGACUAUACAGAUGAAUCGUGGAAUUGUCAAACAGGUUCUUUCGGGAGAUAGCGUCGUAAUACGUGGACAACCCCGAGGUGGGCCUCCCCCUGAAAGACAGUUGUGCUUAUCCAAUGUAAAUGCACCGAAACUGGCAAGAAGAUCUAAUCCAAAUGUGGAGGGAAGCGUCGAAACACGCGAUGAGCCUUUUGCAUGGGAAGCUCGAGAAUUUCUCAGAAAGAAGUUGAUUGGCAAAGAAGUAUUAUUCUCUGUGGAAUACAAAGUUCCUGGGACAGGACGAGAAUAUGGAUGCAUCUAUUUACAGAAAGGAGAUGAACUUGAAAAUGUAACAGAAGCUAUAGUUUCUGAAGGACUUGUGGAAGUCAGACGUGGGGGCAUCAAACCAUCAGAUGACCAAACAAAGCUAAUUGACUUAGAAGAAAUGGCAAAAACAGUUGCAAAAGGAAAGUGGGCUGCUGAUACCUCAGAUCACAUCAGAGAAAUCACAUGGAAUGUGGAGAACCCAAGACAUUUUCUUGAUGCCAAUAAUGGAAAGGAAUUUAAUGCUGUUAUUGAACAUGUUCGUGAUGGUUGCACAGUAAGAGCAUUUUUACUGCCAGACUUUUAUCACGUGACAAUUAUGAUUACAGGAAUAAAGUGCCCAAUGAUCAGACGCGAGGGAGACAAAGAAAUUCCAGAGCCAUUUGCUGACGAGGCCAAGUUUUUCACAGAGAGCCGUUUGUUACAAAGAGAAGUCAAAAUAAUUCUAGAAGGUGUAUCCAAUCAGAAUUUCCUUGGGUCCAUUAUUCAUCCAGCUGGUAAUAUUGCUGAAUUGUUACUCCGUGAGGGAUUUGCCCGUUGUGUUGACUGGAGCAUGGCAGUUCUCUCUAAAGGACAUGACAAACUGCGGACUGCAGAAAAAUUUGCCAGAGAAAAGAGGCUUCGAUUAUGGAAAGACUAUGUACCAAGUGCGCCGAUAGUCCCCAUUCAAAACAAAGAGUUUACUGGAAAGGUUGUAGAAUGUGUAAAUGCGGAUGCUUUGGUCGUUAAAACUGCAGAUGGAGUACAAAAGAAAAUUCAUUUCUCGAGCUUACGACCGCCCAGGUUAAUCCCCAAAGAGGAUGGCACACAGGACACUAUCACGAACGCUAAAGAUAACAGGAAGCCCAGACCAUUGUAUGAUGUUCCUUACAUGUUUGAGGCCAGAGAAUUCCUUAGAAAGAAAUUAGUCGGCAAAAAGGUUAACGUUAAAGUUGAUUACAUCAAGCCUCCAAGCGAUGGUUUCCCUGAGAGAACAUGCGCUACAGUGACUAUCAGUGGUAUUAACAUAGCUGAAGCUCUGAUCAGUAAAGGAUUCGCGACUGCGCUACGGCACCGGCAGGACGAUGAUCAGCGGUCUUCAUGUUACGAUGACUUGUUAGCAGCCGAGACGCGUGCAAUUAAGAAUGGUAAAGGAUUACACAGUAAGAAAGAAUCACCCAUACACAGAGUGGCAGAUCUGUCUGGGGAACCAACGAAGGCGAAACAAUUCUUACCUUUCUUACAACGAGCAGGAAGAUCUUCAGGAAUAGUUGAAUUUGUUGCCAGUGGUUCAAGACUAAGAUUGUAUCUACCAAAGGAGACUUGCCUUAUCACUUUCCUUGUUGCUGGUAUCACAUGUCCUCGUGCUGGUAGAAUUGUCACAUCACAAGGAAUUAUCGCUGCCGAAGGAGAGCCGUACGGUGAUGAAGCUCUGAGUUUUACCAAGGAUCUCUGUAUGCAAAGAGAGGUUGAAGUACAAGUUGAAGCAAUUGACAAGGCUGGUAAUUUCAUUGGUUGGUUAUUUGUGGAUAACACGAAUCUUUCUGUUGCACUGGUCGAGGCUGGUCUUUCACAAGUCCACUUCACAGCAGAACGCUCCAGUUAUUAUCAUCAGCUUACACAGGUUGAGGAACAAGCAAAAUCACAGAAACUUAAGUUAUGGGCAAAUUACGAAGAACCUAAAAAUAUUGUUGUCGUCGAGGAAACAGAGAGGAAAUGCAAUUAUAAGAAGGUCAUUGUCACAGAAACAAAGCAGAGUCUCUCGUUUUGGGCGCAACAUGUUGACUCAGGUGGCCAGCUAGAGAAGCUCAUGGAUGAUCUUCAUAAUGAACUCAGCAGUAAUCCACCUCUACCCGGUUCAUACACAGCGAGAAAAGGAGACUUGUGUGCAGCUUUGUUUGUGGAUAAUAAUUGGUACAGAGCGCGAGUAGAAGGCGUGGCAUCUCCCAAAGAAAUUCAUGUGUUUUACAUCGAUUAUGGAAACAAAGAAGUGUUACCAUUAUCCAAGCUGUGUCCUUUGCCUUCAGCAUUCCACAGUUUUCCUCCUCAAGCACACGAAUACAAUAUGGCAUUUAUUGAACUUCCAAAGGACGUUGAGCAAGUUGCUGACGCUUUGUAUUCCUUUAGGAAUCUGAUCAUUAACAGGCAGUUUAUGCUUAAUGUGGAGUACAAAACUGCAGGUCAGGAUUAUGUGACGCUGGUACAAGAGAAUGGAGAUGAUAUCGCUAAAUCUCUGGUCACGGACGGUCUGGUCACUGUUGAGAAGAGGAAGGAGAAACGUCUGCAGAAGCUCAUGGAGGAGUAUUACCGAGCUCAGGAUGGUGCGAGGAAAGCUAGGAUAAACCUCUGGCGUUAUGGAGAUUUCACUGAAGAUGACGCGAAGGAAUUUGGCUACUCCGCCUAAACGUGUCUCAUCUGUCGUAAAGAGAACAAUUAUAAUAAGCACAGAUGUUACUAGCACUGACUAACUGUUUAUUUGGGUAGAAGAAUAAGCGACUACGGUUACGGACCAAGAAUUCUGUACCUGUGUUCGCCACUGUGAAUUUGCUGCCAGUUUCAACUGAAUAAUGAAAUGUCUAUUUUUAUCACUACUUACGGUGAAAGAGAAAACAUGCUUGUGUGAAAUUCACUUCGUUGUACUUUUGUUGUGCACGUAGAGAAAAUUUGAACUCGUCACAAUCGUGUCCGUGUUUUUCAUCUGUGCUCCGAAUUUCUAUUUUAAUAACGGUCGUAGAAUGAUUCAAUUUCUUGUUCAGGCAAGAGUAUUUUGUGAGUGUAGGAGAGAGAACUCACGUAAAAUAUUAAAAAAGCAAAGGAAUGCA